AUUCCACAUUUUUUUAUAUUUCUCUCAAAUUUGUUCAAGAAUCCCUCUGUUUCUAUCCAAGAAUGGACGAAUUUGAAGGAUUGAAGAGAGAAGUUGAGAGACUAUUGGCUAUGGUAGAUUCGGAGAACAGUGAUUGUGAGGAAAAAAUAGCGAUACAAGAAGAAGUUGGCGAUCUUCCGAGUAGUUCUGUGGCUGUGGAGUUUCUCGAAGACGAGAUCGAUAGAAAGGAAGAAAUCCUUCUUGCUGCGAGUUGCACGCUGCUGAAA